AUGUCAGAUCACCCCUUGCUCAGUGCUGGCAACAGUUCCCACUAUGGUGCCUCUAACAGCAGUGAUAGUCCCGUGCUUCCUGAAUACGAUGAACAGAACAGGCAGGUAGUGGAAAAGAGGCUUCUCCGCAAGUUAGACCUUCGAGUUGCCUUCCUUGUUCUGAUGUACAUCAUGAACUGUAUGGACCGCACUAAUGCAGCUGCUGCAAGGCUGCGUGGUUUCGAGGAGGACCUUGGUAUGACGGGGAAUCAGUUUAACACGCUCAUGAGCAUCUUUUACGUGGGGUAUUUGUUGACGCAAGCUCCUUCCAACAUGUUCUUAGACCGUAUGACGAGGCCAUCGCUGUACCUCUCAAACUGCAUGGCAAUAUGGGGUGCUAUCACUGUGUUCAUCGGUACGUAUCAUGCCAUUCUUAUCUUGCGCUUCAUGCUUGGAUUUGUUGAGGCAGUAUUUUUUCCUGGGGCUAUUUUCCUUCUUUCACGAUGGUACAAGCGCAACGAACUAGGAUUACGGACAGCACUUCUUGCUUGCGGCGCCUCGAUUAGCAAUGCUUUUGGUGCUCUUUUUGCAUCAGGGAUCUUGGGAAGCCUAGAUAGUACACUAGGUUUUGCGGCUUGGAGGUGGCUCUUCCUUAUAGAGGGGACUUUGACAAUUGUUGUUGCAGUGUCUGCAAUCUGGAUUUUACCAGACUUUCCGUCAUCGCCCAGUGUUUGGCUUUUACCUGAUGAACAGGCCCUGGCCAAACGACGGAUGGAGGAGGAAGUUGCAGUCGCAAAUGAGCACAAAGACGCGCCUGUGGAGGGUUGGUCUGGCCUUGUCGAUGCACUUGCAGAUUGGAGGGUAUGGUGGCUUGGCGCUGCCCUUCUUUUGAUGGAGGCUUCUUUGUCGUUCUACAUUUUUUUCCCGACACUAUCUGCUACGAUGGGUUACAACUCGACUAUAACCCUCUUAUUGUGUGCACCUCCGUGGAUUUUGGGAACUGCAACCUUGUUUCUCGUGGCCAGGCACUCCGAUGCUACUGGCGAUCGCUUCUGGCAUAUCGCUAGCCCUCUAUUUGUCGCCAUCGUUGGGUUCAUGAUUGCAACUUCUACUAUGAAUGCGGCUGUUCGAUAUUUGUCCCUAUUCUUUAUGGCUCAGGCCCCAGUUGCACAUAUCGUGUCUUUGACCUGGGUCAUGAACACAUUUUCCCAAUCACAGUCGAAACGCGCUGCGGCCAUCGCAUUAAUCAAUGCCAUGUCAUCACUUGGCUACAUCGGUUCAUCGUACUUUUGGCCGUCCCGUUGGGGGCCAUCAUACGCGAACUCGUUUCUCAUAUGCAUCUUGACAAGCACCAUGUCUAUUGCGAUGCUUUGGGUAUUUAGAGGGCACCUGUCACGGUGCAAUAGAGCUGCUGAAGCUGAAGAGCAGGCUCUAGGGCUGCUCAAAGGCUUCAGAUAUCUCUUAUAG